AAUAACCAACUUUAAUACCGAUCGAAUGCUAAUUGAAGCUCGCAAAUUAGUUCAUUGAAAACCUCCUGGGCUUCUCUUUCAAGAAUCGAAGGAGUAGAAUUUGAAGAAAAUGUCACUGGGAUACGCUGAGAAGCUCUCCUAUAAAGAAGAUGUUGGGGCUGUCGGAAUGUCCGAGAUUUUCGAUUCUCCAGAUGUCUUGCAACAAAAAAUUAAACAACUUGCAAAGAUGAUUAAAAUGAGUAAGCAUCUAGUGGCAUUUACGGGUGCAGGGAUAUCAACUUCUUGUGGGAUACCUGAUUUCCGAGGUCCAAAAGGAGUUUGGACUCUUCAGCGGGAGGGUAAAGGUGUGCCGGAAGCAUCUUUGCCAUUUCAUCGUGCAGCACCAGGUAUUACUCAUAUGGCUUUGGUUGCAUUGGAACGAGCUGGUAUUUUGAAGUUCAUUAUCAGCCAGAAUGUGGAUAGCCUUCAUCUCCGUUCUGGAAUCCCAAGGAACAAGCUUUCGGAAUUGCAUGGAAAUUCAUUUAGGGAGGUUUGCCCUUCAUGUGGGACAGAGUACUUGCGAGACUUCGAGGUGGAGACAAUAGGUUUGAAGGAGACAUCAAGACGUUGUUGUGAUGCAAAAUGUGGGGCAAAACUCCGGGAUUCUGUUCUCGACUGGGAGGAUGAACUUCCUCCUACAGAGAUGGAUGCAGCAGAAAAACAUUGUCGAAUAGCGGAUAUUGUGUUAUGUUUGGGGACUAGUUUGCAGAUAACCCCUGCAUGCAACCUUCCUUUGAAGUCCGUCCGCAAUGGAGGAAAGAUGAUAAUUGUCAACCUUCAGCAAACUUCGAAAGAUAACAAAGCAAGUCUGGUUAUCCAUGGUUUUGUUGACAAGGUAAUGGCUGGGGUAUUGAAUCAUCUUAAAGUGCAGAUUCCUCCAUAUGUUCGAGUGGAUCUCUUCCAGAUAAUCUUUAAUCAAUUCCGAUGUGUCUCAGAGACAAAAUAUGCAAAAUGGUCUCUUAGAGUUACUAGUGUGCAUGGAGAAAAAGCUCUGCUGCCAUUUAUUGAAUCAAUCGAGGUUACGUUUCCAGAGAGGCCAGAGCUGAAAACUGCUGUGCUACAACAGCAACCGUUUUUGCUGAAGAGGGAGACGCUUAAAUCAAGACCACUUCAUAUGGUUCUAUGGGUUAACUUCAGUGAAGGCUGUGGUUGCCGUUUCAUCAGCAUUGAUUUUCCAGUUGAUUUUGAGGCAUCGACAGAUGGUAUCAGCCAAGAUAAGAAUAUUGUGAUUCAGCAGCUUAGAGACAUGGCGAAUCAAGAUCAAUAUUGUGGGCAGUCGUCUGUGGUUGACAGAAAACUCAUUUCAGCUUCCGGGAAGACGAUUUCUACAUAUGCUGUUGCUACAAACAUUGCUCAAUACAGUGGAUUUCCUUCAAAAAGCUCUGAUAUUACUGGGUUUUCUAACGAAGAAAAGGGAGGGAAGGAAAAACUCAAUCUUGAUGGUGGUAUGGCUAGUUCUACCAAUGGAGUGCCUGCAAAGAAAGUGCGAGUUCAUUAACCCAAGUAGUCUUGUUUCAUUUCGGUGCAGAAAGUUCUGUCGUUCUUGGAAUGUAUAUAUUCUGUUUGAUAUCAAAGAAAGUCAACGGUAGGUAGUAAAGAGAAACCCGAGUCAACUUUGAAGUGAAUAGAGUUAACUCAGUUAUGAGUAAAACUGUUCUGAGUUAUCGAGUUCAUCUUUUUGGCUAGAUUAUGUUCUUGCAACUCGAGUUGCGAGUGCUGGAUUUGAUGAGAACUUGAUUCUAUCAUCAUCAGCCGAUUGGAUUACAAGUAUUUUGCUCAAUUAGAAUGAGUCUUCCCUGGUCCCA